GGGUAGCCAAAAAUCAAAGCGGGAAUGUGAAUUUGGUAACUCUUUACUCUAGAGCGAUUUGUCCACCUCUAGUAUUGAUUCGUGUAAGCAAAGUAUGUCUCACUCAAAAAUUUAUCUGGAUUUGUCUGUGUCUAACUAUGCACAAGAAAAUUUUGACCGGUCUCUUCAUUUUCCGUGCGUAAAAAAAAGGUCCCCCAUAUAGAGACCAAAAACGUGAAGAUCCGAAAAGAUUUGAACAAAUUUGUAACAUAUGUGUCUGAAGAAGCGAGAAAAAUCUGACAUUUGCCAGAUAAAUCUGGAAACCUGGCAACGCUGCGUGCAAAGGUAAACAAAUUAAAGUCAAAGACAGUAAGCAAUUAAAAUUUGAAUUUGAUGCGCAGACUAAUCAAAUUAAUUUAUUUAAUACGAUGAAAGCUUACAUAAAUAGAGAAUAGAAAAAAUAAAUAAUAAAAUAAAAAUCUAACAAUACACGGGCAGAUGGGCCAUCACUGGCUUUAGCCUGUCACGUUAGCGACAGAAAAGAAAAAAAAACAUAUCAACAGCAAUAUCAGUGGAUGCAGCGAUACAGCCGAGCUAAAGCAAAUUACACCUAAUUCCGGUAACUGCAAAGAGAGUAUCCAAAUCUAGUAUUACGAAGCCUCGCUGUGCACAAGAGCCAUUGAACAGCCCUGUAGCAUCUUCUUCCUCAGCAGUCGAUUAUCCCAAGGAGCACCAAUGUCAUAUUGGCGACAAAAAAUGCAUUCGGAAAAGUCAUUUCGACAGAUACUCCUUAAAACAUGAAAACGAGAAGCCAUUCAGUUGUGAUCUUUGCUCCAGGAGGUUUUCAAUCAAUAGUAUCCUCAGAAAGCAUAUGCUCGUUCAUGCUGAUGUCCAACGGUAUAAAUGUACUGUAUGUGGAAAAAAUUUAGUACUAAAAACGGAAUAACUAGUCACAUGGCUACUCACACAGGUAAUCUGUAUACGUGUGAUGUUUGUGGCAAAGACUAUAGGACUUGUUCAAAUUUAAAGUCCCACAAACGUAUCCAUAUUGACACGGGUGAACCUGAUUUGAACUGUUCAAGCAAAAAGAAGCAUGAAAUCACGCUUACAAACAAUUCACCGUUUAUAUGCAGCGUAUGUGGCAAAGAAUUCAAUUAUAAACAUGAACUUGAGCAACACACGAGCCAUGAUAGACGCAAACGACCGUACGAAUGCAUCAUAUGUGGAAAAAAUUUCCCGGUCAAACCGAAACUUACUAUGCACAUGUCUAGCCAUACAGGCGUUUAUCGGUUUAAGUGUGAUGUGUGUGGCAAAGGACUCACUACCAGAACACUACUGAAAAUGCAUGAGCGGAUUCAUACAGGCGAGCGACCAUACAAAUGCGCGAUAUGUGAAAAAGAUUUUGCCUAUAAGCGUGCUCUCACUGAACACAUGUCGGUUCAUGGAAUCGAAAAUCCUCAUAAGUGUGAUGUAUGUGGAAAAGGCUUUAGUAUCCUUGCCAAGUUCAAGAGACACGCACGCACCCAUACAACUGAACGACCAUACAAAUGUGCAGUUUGCGAAAAAGAUUUUUCCAAUAAACCGGCUCUUACCGUUCAUAUGUCUAUCCAUAGAACCAAUUAUCCAUACAAAUGUGAUGUGUGUGGCAAAGGCUUUCAUAUUCGUGCUUCCUUCGAGAAACACGAACUCCUUCAUACAGGUGAGCGACCGUUUAAAUGCAACGUAUGUGAAAAGGAUUUUCGUUGCAAAGAUUACUUGAAAAUACACAUGCGCCUUCAUACCGGUGAGCGACCGUACGAAUGCACCGAAUGCGGAAAAGACUUUAUCACUAACUCUCAUCUGAGACUCCACAUGCAUAUGCACAAGGGUGAUUACAAGCAUAAGUGUGAUGUGUGCGGCAAAGCAUUUAGUUGCAGAUCACUCUUACAAGCGCACGAGUACACUCACACCGGAGAGCGUCCGCAUAAAUGCACCAUAUGCAGUAAAGGAUAUAUUCGUCAAAACUAUUUGAUCGCACACAUGAAAGUUCAUCGGGAAUAGCAAAGAACAUUACCGGUAUAAGUGUGGUGUGCGUGGCUGGUUUUUGUUGAGCCGCGAGGUGGCAUUAGCAGUUCAACAUAGUGGUGAGUGCUAAUGCACUGGUGAGAAGACGACGAAACGUAUAAAAAAUUUAGUAAAAAAAAUAGCAACUGUCAUGGAUUCAACUAUAAUAUCAAUUUGUGAUCUUCCUAUUUUCAGGUAGAAAAUAUACACGUUGUUCUUGAAAUUCGUCGAGUGAAUCCUCUCUUUUUUAUUGCUACACAGAUUCUUUUGUGAUUGAAUAUUUUUUUCAACUUUUAAAUUAAAUAAUUAAACAUUUAAUGUUAGAGAAAAUAGAAUAUCUGAAUAUACACAUAUACAUAAAAAACAAUUUUUUUUUCGAUUAACAACUUCGUGGCAACUGAUUAAUGCAUUCGUGGCUCUUAAGUUUUGUACGAUGAUGAAAAUUUUUGCCACAUACGUCGCACUCAUAUCUGUGAUCUCCCUUGUAAUUGAACAUAUGCACCUCACCAGUAUGAAUACUUUCGUGUAUUUUUAAAAGCGCGUUCGAGGUGAAUCCUUUGCCACACACAUCACACCUAAAUCGAUAAUCAUCCUUGUGAACAGUAUGUAGUCCUAUGUUUUUUUUUCAGGAUACUCUUGAAUGAAAAGGUUUUAAUGCAAAAAUCACAACUAAAUGGCGGCUCGCCUCCAUGUUUUAGGACGUGUUUGUCGAAACAACCCUUCCGAGCGAAUUGUUUAUCACAAAUCUGACGCAGCCCACCUGGGUUUGAUUCCCAACCCCGCACAUAGGGUCAGAAAGUUUUUCUGAUCCGAAGAGGCGAAUAACCUUAAGGUUAAAACCUCUAUAAUCGAAACAAAAAAAAAAAUCUGACAAAUUUGGUUACAGGAGAUGAAGAUACUACUAGAUUUUUUGAUCGUUCAGAAUAUUUUAUUCAUGGUAAGAUUUUAUUUCACUGAAACUUCGCUACCAAGAUUCAAAAAUUUGGUGGGUAUUAUUUCAAUUUUGAGAAAUUUGAUUCCUGUGUGAAAACAAUUUCAGUGUGUGUUCACUGAAAUUGUUUUCUGCACUUUCAUUAAACAGCGGGCUGUUGAUUUGGUAGUUUUGGGCAGGGAUGUCAAGUUUGGAACUUUUUAGUGGUCCCAAACGGAAAUAAGUAGUUUUUUCAAUGCAUUCGAAAUAACCUUUUCUGACAGCUUAUUUACACACACACACAGUAUUGUACACGAUCGCAGGUAUAUUUUCAGUAUCAAACAAAUAUUCAUAUCAUAUACUGUGCGCAUUAGAAUGGUAUGAACGUGGCUUAACAUAUGGUGGACAACAACGUCAUCACAAAAAAGCAUUGACUUCAGAAACCACCACUCAUAGCAGGGACUUGGUCUUAUGUAUGCGUUUAGCGAAACCAAUUAUAUCUUAUGCGAAGCAAAGUGAUGGCAUUACAUUCUUUUUGUGGAAUUUGGCAGCCGAUUCACAGUAUGACUAGUACUACGAUACUACUGACACUAUGCAUGACUAGUACUACGAUCCUACCAGCGCCCUAUGUAUUGAAUUCUAUCUUAUGUGGUCUUCGAAUUCGACGGAAAGUGGUAAUGCAGAUUGCUGGUCACCGAUGAAAGACUGCAAACCAUGUACGAAUACUGUCAUCAAAGUGUUCACUAUGGCAAGCUUUGUGAGAAAAUUGACACAAUCAAAUCUAGGGCCAAGUACAAUGAAACGUCUUCUAUACAAGUCACACGUAAUCACAGUACUUCGGAGACACGCACAAUGCAUAAAGUUGUCUUUUUCACUAUUUAAUUUACACUGGAUUCUGUUCAAGCCUGUACAUAUGUUAUCUCCACGAAUUACUAAAAAGUAAUGCCAUUUUUAAUGAACGUGUAAUGGCAAUAAUGAUGAAUUCUCCAUGUAAAUUAGGAAUGUCAUUACUUAAUAAUCAUUAAAAAUGACAUUGAUCACUAAACAGAAGUGUUGUUUCUUGUGAUAUAUAGGGUAACAGAGGUAUUUUGGCCCACUUCAGGAUUGAUUUUAUUUUGGCCCACUUUGUAAUAAUAUCCACCAAAUGUUGUAAUAUCUUAGAAAACCCCUUCCGCAAUAGGUAACUUAAUGUGGUUAGCUUCAAAUUGAUGCAACAUGAGUUACUUAACAUCGAUAAAAUCCGAUGAAAUCGAUAAAGUUUGUUAGGUGGACCAAAAUAUAUGAAGUGGCCAAAAUACCUCUGUUACCCUAUUGAUCUGAACUCAGAAAUUUGUGUCGAUAUUUGAUGAUCAGCACUGAAUUGUAACGAUAUUAAUAUUUGAUACAUAGAAAAAUUUGAAUUGAGCAUUAUGAAACUCAGACUGAAAGACAUGACAUAAUUAUUGUGUUAAGCGCUGAAAUCCCAGAUCGAUUAAAUUGUGAAUAAAAAUAU